AUGACGGUCGACCGGAAAACGGUCCAUCUGCUGGACUACGUAGCUGGCAAUAUACGGUCGCUGGUCAAUGCUAUCGAAAAAUGUGGCUGGAAAAUUGAAUGGAUCCGGAAGCCGGAGGAUGUCAAGAACGCCGACAAGAUCAUACUGCCAGGAGUAGGACACUUUGGACACUGUUUGACCUCACUCUCGGACGCCGGAUACUUGCCCGUGAUCAAGGAACACAUCGAAGCUGGAAAGCCAUUCUUCGGGAUUUGCGUCGGACAGCAAGCACUUUUCGCAUCUUCGGUCGAGGCUCCGGGAGUCCAAGGGCUUGGUCUGAUACCUUCUCAGCUCGAACGAUUCAAUCCUACUGCUACGGGCGAUGCAACAAAGCCAAAGAAGUCGGUUCCUUGCAUCGGCUGGAACUCUGCCAGCACUGUUCACCACCAUCAAGAAGCAGAUGGGACACGGAAGAGCUUCUACGGUCUGAGCGAAACCAGCAAAUACUACUACGUCCACUCGUACUUCACGCCCUAUGUCCCCGGCCUACUCGAGAAAGAUGGCUGGACCGUCGCCACUGCCACUUAUGGCACCGAAACAUAUGUCGGCGCUGUCGGACGAGGCAACGUCUUCGCAACACAAUUCCACCCCGAGAAGUCUGGUGCCGCGGGCCUACGAGUGAUCAAAGCAUUCCUAGAAGGACAAGCCUUCUCCACGCCCACCACCUCUUCAACCACGAACGGAACAGUAACCUCAAAAGACAGCACCCACGGCCUCACCCGCCGCAUCAUAGCCUGCCUCGACGUCCGGACCAAUGACGCUGGCGACCUCGUCGUUACUAAAGGCGACCAGUACGACGUCCGCGAAAAGUCCUCCACCAACGACGUCCGCAAUUUGGGCAAGCCCGUCGAGAUGGCGAAACGCUACUACGAGCAAGGCGCCGACGAAGUCACCUUCCUCAACAUCACCUCUUUCCGCGAUUUACCGAUCUCCGACCUGCCUAUGCUCGAGAUCCUCCGGCGCACCUCCGAAGAAGUCUUCGUGCCUCUUACUAUCGGAGGUGGCAUCCGCGACAUGACUGAUCCGGGGACCGGCAAGACCGUGCGUGCUUUGGACGUCGCGAAGAUGUACUUUGCCAGUGGCGCCGACAAGGUCAGCAUUGGCAGCGAUGCGGUGCUCGCUGCGGAAGAGUUCUGGAAGCGUGGUGGGAAAGGAGAUGGCACGAGCGGCAUCGAGACUAUUUCCGCGGCGUAUGGGCGACAGGCUGUUGUGGUGAGUGUUGACCCGAAGAAAGUGUUUGUCAAGACGGGUGAGGAGGCACAGUCACACCACUUCAUUAAGACAGCGGAACCGAGCGAGGAUGGUAGGACGCUCUGCUGGUAUGCGUGCACUAUCAAAGGCGGGCGAGAGACGAGGGACUUGGACGUCGUGCAGCUCGUGAAGGCAGUUGAGGCCAUGGGCGCAGGCGAGAUUCUGCUCAACGCUAUUGAUCGAGAUGGCAGCAAUCGGGGCUAUGAUCUCGAGCUGAUUCGACAGGUCAAGGCCGCGGUCGGGAUACCUGUCAUCGCCAGCAGUGGAGCGGGCGUGCCAAAGCACUUUGAGGAAGUCUUCAGGGAGACAGACGUUGAUGCUGCGUUGGGUGCUGGGAUGUUCCAUCGUGGCGAGUACAAGGUCUCACAAGUCAAGGAGCACCUGGCCGAGCAGGGCUUGUUGGUGAGGCCAUACGAGGAGUUGCAGCUGUAA